UCCCUCCAUCCGCUACUGUUUCCGUUAAUAAAUUGGACAAUAAUUAUAAAUCUCUCAUCUCCCUCAAAAGAAGUAAAAUAUACGAGUAAAUGCCACUGCUUGCUGCCUAAGGAACAGCUGCCACCAUCAACCUUCAUGAUUCAUGGCUCAGUAUUAAUACCGCUCCCAGCUGUCUCAAUUCUUGAUGGAGGAAAUGGAGAUAGGCAAUGGAGGAGGAGGAGGAGGUGCUUAUCUUGUAUGGGAGGAGCUAACGGCCGUCCUGCCUUUUCAUGGGCCGGGCCGGGCCCCGAAGAAGUUGCUUCAUGGGCUGACCGGUUUUGCUGUCCCCGGCCGGCUCAUGGCCGUUAUGGGCCCGUCUGGGUCUGGCAAGUCCACUCUGCUCGACUCCUUAUCAGGGAGGCUAGCGAAGAAUGUGGUGUUGACGGGGGACGUGCUGCUCAACGGAAAGAAGAAGAGGCUUAACUACGGUGGCGUGGCAUAUGUGACUCAAGAAAACAUUCUGUUAGGCACACUCACAGUCCGUGAAACCUUAACGUACUCAGCUCACCUAAGACUUCCAACCAAAAUGACCAACAAGGAGAUAUCAGAGGUCGUUGAAUGGACAAUAGAGGAAAUGGGUCUUCAAGAUUGUGCCGAUAGACAAAUAGGAAACUGGCAUCUUAGAGGGAUAAGCGGCGGGGAAAAGAAGAGGCUCAGCAUCGCCAUCGAGAUUCUGACUAAGCCUCGCCUUCUGUUCUUAGACGAGCCCACGAGUGGCCUUGAUAGCGCAGCAUCCUUCUCAGUUAUCCAAACUCUGAAACAAAUGGCCCUUGAUGGCAACAAGACUAUAAUCUCCUCUGUGCACCAACCAAGCAGUGAAGUUUUUGCCUUGUUUGAUGAUUUGUACCUUUUAUCUGGCGGUGAAGCUGUUUAUUUUGGUGACACCAACUCAGCUACUAAGUUCUUUGCAGAAGUUGGAUUCCCUUGUCCUAGCAGAAGAAAUCCUUCAGACCACUUUCUUCGUUGCAUUAACUCUGAUUUUGAUCAAGUGAAUGCUACAUUGAAAGGUUCCCUGAAAAUUCGGAUGGAACCAGAAUCAUCUUCGGACCUGUUAUCGAAAUUAAGAACCUCAGAGAUCAAAGCUAUGCUUAUCGAGAACUACAGGAACUCAGAUUACGCAUCAAUGACCAAGAAAAGAAUUCAAGAGAUAUCCAAAAUCGAAGGACUUAAUAUGGAGUCAGGUAAAGGGAGCCAAGCAAUGUGGUUGAAGCAACUAACAACUCUGACAAGGAGAUCUUUUAUCAACAUGUCAAGAGAUAUUGGAUACUACUGGCUACGUAUAGCAAUCUAUAUAGUAGUGUCUACAUGUGUCGGUAGCAUAUACUACGACGUAGGAACUGGCUACACCGCUAUAUUAGCUCGAGCAUCAUGUGGAGGCUUUGUAUCAGGAUUUUUGACAUUUAUGUCCAUCGGUGGUUUCCCGUCCUUUAUUGAAGAAAUGAAGGUUUUCUAUCGAGAGAGGCAAAAUGGACAUUAUGGAGUCGCUGUGUUCAUUAUUUCGAACUAUAUUUCGUCAUUUCCUUUCUUAGUAGGAGUUGCUACAUGUUCAGGGACUAUAGUUUACUUCAUGGCAAAGUUUCGCAAGGGUUUUGAACAUUAUGCCUACUUCUGUAUCAGUCUCUAUGCCGGUAUUGGUGUGAUUGAGAGUCUAAUGAUGAUUGUUGCGUCGCUUGUGCCUAAUUUUAUGAUGGGGCUUGUUACAGGAGCUGGCAUUAUUGGGCUUAUGAUGAUGACUGCUGGAUUCUUCCGGUUGCUUCCAGAACUUCCGAAGAUUGUUUGGCGCUAUCCGGUGUCAUAUAUCAGUUAUGGAUCAUGGGCUUUGCAGGGUAAUUACAAGAACGACUUCCUCGGGCAAGAAUUUGAUCCCAUGAUACCUGGUGGUCCAAAGCUAAGUGGAGAAUACAUCAUACAAAACAUUUUUGGUAUCAGCUUAAAACAAUCAAAAUGGUUCGAUCUAUCGAUGAUUUUCGUUUUGCUCCUCUCCUACAGAGUUGUCUUCUUUCUUGUAUUGAAGUUCAAUGAGAGGAUUACCCCUAUAUUUAGAGAAAUCUAUACCAAAGCAACUCUUAGGCGUAUGAUGAAGAGACCGUCGUUUCGAAAAAGGAAGUCUUCGUUCUCAUCUGGCCAUCCUCAACCUCUUCAUCCUAUGGCUUCGCAAGAAGGACUUAGCUCACCUUUACCGUAGAAGCAAGUCAUUAUACUAUGAUGAAAUUGUGCAUUUGUUUGUAACAAUGUAAGGAUAAGUCUAUAGUUUUCUUGUGAGGAUUAGUUGUUCGAAAGAUUAUUUUUCAUCAUACAUAUUGAAUAAUACAUUGAUUGUACUUGUAUUAAUAUUGAUUCAUGCAUGCAAAUUUCUAUGGUUUAGUA